AAAAUUCUAAAGUUAUAACAAUAAUUAAACAAAAGUUAUAAAACUUUAAAAAGUAUAGAAAAAAAAACACAAGCAAAUCCAAACAAAUAAAAUAAAGUGGGUUAUAUAUGAAUUUAACCAAUUACUUUUGCAAAAUAUUUAAUACCUUGAACUAAAAACUAAACAGCAAAGGUUUACUAAACAAGAAUUAAACAAAAUAAUAAACAAAAACUAAGAAAAAAUAAAAAAAUUAAACAAAUGAAUAAGCAACUAAACAAAAAAAUAACUAUGAUUUAAAAUAAAUACAAAAAAUACCAUUUUGUUUAAGAAAAUUUUUCACAACUCCAUAAAUUUCUUAACUAAAACCCAAAACAUUUAACUAAACAAAGACUGAUUUUCUUCAAGUGUUUUAAAAUCACAACCAAAACAAUACAAUACACUUUGAAAAAUAAAGCAUUAAAUAAUAAUUCCAACUAAAUUUCACAGACUUUUUUAUAUAAUCCCUUGAAAAUUGCAUAAAAAAACAGUUGUGGAACAGUGGAAACUAAUUAACGAGUUUAAAACUCAAAAUAAAAACCAAAACUAUAAAAUUAUUACACUGUGAACACUAACUAAAGGAUAAACAAACUCAAAUUGCUGCUAAAAGGGCUACAAGCCAAGAAUUUUUUUAUACAAUUGAAAGAACCUUAAUUUUCAAAAUUCACAAAACAACACAAUGGUCUAUUACCAAUCCACACCACUAAUUAUAAAAUCAGAACAACCUAGUCAGGCGCAAUUGUGUGCACCCCUCAGAAACAAUCAUGAACCACACCAGCAGCAGCAGCAGCAACAUCCAAUAACUAACAACAGUUAUAUACUUAAUAAUGUGAAUAUCACAACAAUGCAACAGCAACAUCACCAGCAACAAUCGUUGUUACACAACAUUAACUCCACAAGUAUUACAGCAACAAAUCAUCAACAGCAACAAUAUUUAACAAAUAUUAAAACAGAAUUAUUACCACCGGGUAUAACAUUGUAUGCCACCACACAACCUGCUUCCUUAACACCACCCUCAGCAACGACAACGCCAACACCAAACCCAAUAUCAACAACAACAACAACACCAACAAAUAAUGUUACCAGCAGCACACCUACUUCAACGACAACGGUACGCAAAACAAAUGCCAAUAAGCCCCAGUUCAAGUGUGAACAAUGUGGCAUGACUUUUGGCAGCAAAUCGGCUCAUACUUCCCACACAAAAUCCCAUGCUAAAAAUGGUGAUUUGAGUUUAAUGAAUGGCAGCACAAAUGCAGCAGCUAAUUCGCUCCAGUUACCGGUGGGUGUUGAACUGAAUGAAGCUGGCGUACCGUUGGGCAUACCAAAGACACCACAAAUCAAGCCCAAUGCAAAUGCGGCCACAAAUGGUGGCGAUCCCUAUCAGUGUAAUGUCUGUCAGAAGACAUUUGCUGUGCCUGCAAGACUGAUUCGUCAUUAUCGUACCCAUACUGGCGAAAGACCCUUCGAAUGUGAGUUCUGUCACAAACUCUUCAGUGUCAAAGAGAAUCUUCAAGUACACCGUCGCAUACACACCAAAGAGCGUCCAUACAAGUGUGAUGUGUGUGGUCGUGCCUUUGAACACUCGGGCAAACUACAUCGUCACAUGCGCAUACACACCGGUGAACGACCGCACAAAUGUUCGGUGUGCGACAAAACCUUCAUACAAUCGGGCCAAUUAGUGAUACACAUGCGCACGCAUACCGGCGAAAAACCUUACAAAUGUCCGGUGGAAGGUUGUGGCAAAGGUUUUACCUGUUCGAAACAAUUGAAAGUGCACUCACGUACCCACACGGGAGAGAAGCCAUAUCAUUGCGAUAUUUGUUUCCGUGAUUUUGGCUACAAUCAUGUUUUGAAGUUGCAUCGUGUCCAGCACUAUGGCUCGAAAUGCUAUAAGUGCACUAUAUGCGAUGAAACGUUUAAGAGCAAGAAGGAAAUGGAGGCCCAUAUUAAGGGACAUGCCAAUGAAAUGCCAGAUGAUGAGGAGGAGACCAAUGCAAAUGGCAAUGGUACUGUGUCCUCGGUAUCGACAUCAUCGGGUGCUGAAACAAAUUCCGGACCAAAUUCACCACAAUCGCCAAGCUCAAGUGUUGGCACCACUACCACCAGCAACUCGGCGAAAACGCGCAAGCCGAGAAAAGAAAAACUGAGCAGCAGCAGCCAAUCGGUGGGACCCUUAAGUCCUGGAUCUCCCGGCUCGCCCAUAUCCUCAUCUAUGUCGCCCUCGUCUUCGUAUGCUUCGGGCUCCAGGCUAUCGGCAGCCUCUCCAACGUCCUCUGUGGCCUCACCCACUAUGUCUUUGAGUUUGGAGGCUGAUCAUCAUAGUCGUGAUAGUGGUGUGGCCAGUGGCUCCAUACCUUGCAAUAACACCCGUCAAUUGGCUGCUGUGUCUCUGGUAGACUUAAGUCAUCAAGGAGGUUUCCCCAUAUCCGAUGAGAUGCCUACCGAUUUAAGUGUUACCCAAAAUCAUCACAUCAGCGAGGAACAGCAUCAUCAUCAACAGCCGCCACUCAGCAGUCAUCAUCAACAAGCACCAUUAUCACAUCUCAGCUAUCAUUACCAAAGUUCUUCAUCGCCCCAACAUCAGACGCAUCAUCUACAGCAACAACAGCAGUAUCAUUACCUAAAUGCCUCUACCAGUCCAUCACAUAACACCGAGCUUCAACAUGCUACAUUAGCAUCGCCUCAGCAACAUCACGUACGUUACGAUCAACCCACUAUUAAUCCAGCUCUUUUGGAGGCGGCCACCAUAGCCAGUCGUCGUGAAGACGAUGUCCAACAGGCCGCCAUACAAAUAAUGCAACUGCAUCAUUCUCAACAGAAAUCGAAUAGCAAUCAAAUCUAUAACAAUUUACCCAACAAUAUGCAUCACAAAUCAUUGAUUAGACCUCAGCAUGAAAAUCAUCAUGCAGAUGUGGUCAAAUCAAUGGUUAUGAAUAACUUGACGGAGAAUUUAAUGGAUCAUUACAAGAGAGAUGAGCUGACGAGGCAUGUGGGAGGUUUGGCCAAGGGUUAUGCACCAGUGCCAAAGUUUGAGCCCUCCUUACACAACAAUGAAAUCAUCUUACGUCAAGUUGAAGCUGCUAUAGCUCCAUUAAGAUCAUCCACCGAAUCGCCCGACAGAUCAUCCUCACCCGAAAGUGAUAUGAUGCUAAUGGCUGAUCGUGAUGUCAUGACAUUGCCUCUAAGAAAACGCAAACUCUAUAUGAGUGAUUGCGGCGAAACAGCCGAUCAUGAAAACACUAAUGCUGGUGCUAAGGAACUUAAUCCCAAAGUAAUGAGACACAGUUCGGUAAUACAAUUUGCUAAAGCCUCAUAGGAGGAGCUGGAUAAUAAAGCUACCGGAAAAAAGAAAGAAAGUAGCAUUAGUAAAACGGCAAAGGAUGAUAUCAAUAAAUUAAACAAUGGAAUAAAUAGUUAAUAAGGAAUAAAUAUUAAACUAUUAAAACCUAAACAAGAAGACUGCUGCAUAAAUGAAAAACAAAAAAAAAUAUAAAAAAAUACACAAAAUUCAUAUACAAACAAAACUAUUGAAGCUGAGAGAAACUUAAGGUAGAAAAAAAAGAA